AGAACUGAAGCAAUAAAAUGUGCAUUAAAAUUAUUAAAUGGAUCAAUCUGAAUGUAGCCAUGGAGAAGUGUACUAAAUUUGCGUGGUCGAGCUUGGAUUGGAAGAAAAAUGGCGUCCCAAAAAGCGUUUUGCAGUGGCAAGCCAUUGUGGUAUAUUUAGACUGAAUUGAAAAUUUCUACGAUCCAAUUACAAUCAUAAAAUGUCAUUGCCAACCGAUGCUCAUCUCAAUCUCGGAGCGGAACAUUAUGAUCAAGAAGGCGCUGCACAUUCUGUUUACUGCACACAACCCCCCUGAAAACUACUCUACAUAUCUUCAAUUAUUGCAGACUUGCAUUCUCAAGAACACACUUUCAGAAGGGAAAAAUGUCCACUUUCAUCGCACACAGGCAAUUUGCAAAUGCGACUCGCUCGACAUUUCAGACAUUUCAUAAUAAGCUUAUUGACAUGUAUUUCAAGUGUGGAAGUUUGGUGGAUGCUCGAAAAGUCUUUGAACAUCUGAAAGAACGAGACAGCGUGUCAUGGAAUACGAUUAUUGCAGCGUAUGGAAGACAUGGGUGUCCUCACGAGGCAGUCACUCUGUUUCAUCACAUGCAACAAACAGGUCUCCAACCCGAUCAGUUCACAUUUGCCAGUGUAUUCCCAGCAUGUGCCAAAAUGGGAGCUUUGGAACAGGGCAUGGCCAUCCAUCAAAGCAUAAAGGACAGAGGAAUUUUGUCAGAUGUUGUAGUUGCAAGUGCCCUGGUAGACAUGUAUGCAAAAUGCGGAAGCAUAGACAAGGCACGUGAGUUGUUUGACAGAAUGCCUCAAAGAAAUGUGUUCUCGUGGACUGCAAUGGUUGCAGGAUAUGCACAAAAUGGAUGUGCUGAAAAAGCUUUAGAAACUUUCAAGCAGAUGCAAUUAGCAGGUGUAAAGCCAAAUUCCACAACUUUUGCCAGCGUCCUCCCUGCCUGUGCCAAAAUGGGGGCUUUGGAACAGGGUACAGACAUCCAUCAAUCCAUAAAGGAUAGAGGAAUUUUGUCAGAUGUUGUAGUCACAACAGCCCUCGUAGACAUGUAUGCAAAAUGUGGAAGCAUAGACAAGGCCCGUGAACUGUUUGACAGAAUGCCUCAAAGAAAUGUGGUCUCAUGGACGGCAAUGAUAGCUGGAUAUGCACAAAAUGGAUUUGUUGAGAAGGCUUUAGAAACUUUCAAGGAAAUGCGAUUGGCAGGUGUAAAGCCAAAUUCCACAACCUUUGUCAGCAUCCUACCCGCUUAUGCCAAAAUGGAAGCUUUAGAACAGGGUGUAGAUAUCCAUCAAAGCAUAAAGGAUAUAGGAAUUUUGUCAGAUGUUGUCGUUGCAACUGCUCUGGUAGACAUGUAUGCAAAAUGUGGAAGCAUAGACAGGGCACGUGAACUGUUUGAUAGAAUGCCUCAAAGAAAUGUGGUAUCAUGGAAUGCUAUGAUUGCAGGAUAUGUACAAAAUGGAUUAGUUGAAAAGGCUUUAGAAACUUUUAAGAAAAUGCAAUUGACAUGUGUAGAGUCAAAUUCUACCACCUUUACCAUCAUCCUCCCUGCCUGUGCCAAAAUGGGAGCUUUGGAACAGGGUAUGGACAUCCAUCAAAGCAUAAUGGAAGGGGACUUUUUGUCAGAUAUUACAACUGGAAAUGCUCUGGUAGACAUGUAUGCAAAAUGUGGAAUCAUAGACAAGGCAUGUGAACUGUUUGAUAGAAUGCCUCAAAGAGAUGUCAUUUCAUGGAAUGUAAUGAUUGCAGGGUAUGUACAAAAUCGAAUGGUUGAAAAGGCUAUAGAAACAUUCGGGCAAAUGCAAUUAGCAGGUUUAAAACCAAAUUCCACAACCUUUGUCAGCAUCCUCCCUGCCUGUGCCAAAAUGGGAGCUUUCGAACAGGGAAUGGACAUCCAUCAAAGAAUAAUUGAAGGGGGAUUUAUGUCAGAUGUUAUGGUUGCAAAUGCUCUGAUAGACAUGUAUGCAAAAUGUGGAAGUAUAGACAAAGCACGUGAACAGUUUGAUAGAAUGCUUCAAAGAGAUGUCAUCUCAUGGAAUGCAAUCAUUUCAGGAUAUGCACAAAAUGGAUUUGUUGAUAAAGCUUUAGAAAUUUUCAAGCAAAUGCAAUUUACAGGUGUAAAGCCAGACUCCACAACCUUUGUCACCAUCCUCCCUGCCUGUGCCAAAAUGGGAACUUUAGAACAGGGUAUAGACAUCCAUGAAAACAUAAUAGAAGGGGAGUUUUUGUCAGAUAUUGUAGUUGGUAAUGCUCUGGUAGACAUGUAUGCAAAAUGUGGGAGCAUAGACAAGGCACGUGAACUAUUUGACAGAAUGCCCCAAAGAGAUGUCAUCUCAUGGACUGCAAUGAUUGCAGGAUAUGCACAAAAUGGAUUUUGCAAGGAUGCUCUCAAAAUCUUUGAAUUAAUGAAGCACUCCGGAACAUGCCCUGACAUUGUAAGCUUUACUUGUGUUCUAUAUGCAUGUAGCCAUGUAGGUUUAGUGGAUGAGGGCUGUACAUACUUCAAUCACAUGAGUAACCUUUAUUGUAUCACACCUACAGCUGAUCAUUAUGUGUGCAUGGUUGACCUUCUUUCCCGUGCUGGCUACCUAGAGGACACCCUAAACUUUAUCAUUAAGAUGCCAGUUAAACCUGUGGCGGUUGUGUGGAUGUGCUUUCUUGGUGCCUGUAGAUCACAUAUGAAUAUAGGCUUAGGAGUAUUUACAUCGACACUGCUUUUUGAUCUGGAUCCUAAAAAUGCAGCGACUUAUGUACUUCUCUCAAACAUCUAUGCAGAAGUGGGCAUGUGGGGUGAGGUGCAAAUGGUAAGGAGAUUGAUGAAAGAUAGAGGAAUUCAGAAGACCCCUGGAUGUAGUUGGAUAGAAGACCAUAAAAUGGUACAUGCUUUUUGUGUAGGAGAUAGAUCACAUCCACAGACACAGGAGAUCUAUGCAAAGUUGGAGGAAUUGGCUUGGGAGAUGAAGGCAGCAGGGUAUUCUCCAGAUUCAAAACAUCUACCUAAUGAUGUGGAAGAGGAAGAAAAGGAAUCAUUUCUCUGCCACCAUAGUGAAAAGUUGGCAAUAGCAUUUGGUUUGUUAAACACACCCCCUGGAGCAACUGUUAGAGUUGUUAAGAACCUUCGAGUAUGUGCUGAUUGCCAUACUGCAACAAAAUUUAUCUCCAAGAUUGUUGCAAGAGAAAUUGUGGUGAGAGAUGCAAACCGUUUCCAUCAUUUUAAAAAUGGACAAUGUUCAUGCAGAGAUUAUUGGUGAUGCUUUAUAGAAGCAAUCUGAAAAAUAGGCUUGCACUAUAACAAUGUGCACUGCGUCAGACUUGCAAUAAUAAUGAAGGGACAAGGUUUUAUUUAAAGACUAGAAAGUUUUUGUUUCUAUUUUGAGUGUUUAGCAAUCCAGAUCAUGUUGUUGGCUUCCUAAAAUUAUAUGGAUAGUGUAAUGUAGGUCACUGCUUAUAUACACUGUGGGGGUAUUUGUCAAAGACCUGUAUUAUGGUAAGGUGGAUGUUUCAUUGAAUUGUUUUCCUGAAACCUGCAUGUGUAUGAAAUUAGAAGCUGGAGGAUUAGGAGAAUGAGAAAGAAAACAGGACGAGGAACUAAGUAAAAGAAAGAUGCUUGACCAAUAGAAAAUGCAAGAGGAUCUUGUGUUGCUUCGCAACCCUUUGCUUAG